AUGGGAAUGCCACAUCAGCUCGAUGUUGCUACCACGUCAGCAGGUGUGCCACAUCAGCCAUUCUGCCACGCCAACACGGGUGUCACGUUAGAAACAGCAAGUGGAGAUAAUAUAACUAUGCCCGUUGCACAAGCACCAACUAAUAUUCCUGUGAUUCAAAUGUCUCCUCCUGCAAAUCAUGCAGAGAAACCAGAAAAAUUCAAUGGAGCACAUUUUAAGAGGUGGCAACAGAAAAUGUUGUUCUACUUGACGACACUAAAUCUUGCAAGAUUCUUGACAGAAGAUGCACCACCAAAUAAUAAAGAGAGUGAUAAAGAGAUACUCAUGGCAGUGGAUGCAUGGAAGCAUUUCAAUUAUUUAUGUCGGAAUUACAUCCUGAAUGGCCUGUCUGAUGCUUUGUAUGGAGUGUACUGUGGCACGAAGUCAGCAAAGGAGCUAUGGAAAAUUUUGGACCGCAAAUAUAAAAUUGAAAAUGGGAGUUUCGGAAAGUUUGUUGUAGGCCGAUUUUUGGACUACAUGAUGGUGGAUUCAAAGCCAUUAAUGAGUCAAAUACAUGAGUUGCAAGUGCUCAUUCAAGAACUUCUUACUGAAGGGAUGAUAAUUAAUGAAACCUUUCAAGUAGCUGCCAUGAUUGAGAAGUUACCUCCUAAUUGGAGAGAUUUCAAGAAUUAUCUCAAGCACAAAAGAAAAGAAAUGAAUAUGGAAGUUCUUGUUGAAAAGCUUCAUAUCGAAUAUGAGAAUAGGAGAUCUGAUAAGGGAUCUUUGAAGGCCGAGGUGAAGGCCAAAGUUGUGGAGUAUGGUCAAAACUCCAAGAACAAGAAGAAAAUUGGAAGAUAUUCCAAAUUGGGGCCUAAGGGAGGGAUCUCCAAAAAUGUCAAGUUUCAAGGCAAGUGCUUUAAUUGUGACAAGAUGGGUCACAAAGCUACGAAAUGUAGAUUGCCUAAAAGAGAGAAGAACAAAGAGGCACAGAUGAUGGAGCACAUCACUAGAGAAUGGUGGAUUGAUACUGGUACGACCCGCCACAUAUAUCUGACAAGAAUUUGUUCACUUCUUUGA